AUAUGAUCUGUCAGAAAUAUUUGCAACAACAUGCUCCAGCGCAUUUUACCAGUCGACUGUAAAGAAGCUGAUGUGGUUCUAUUGCAAAAAAAUAACAAACACGAAGACGUAGAAAUUUUCCAAUUGGGAGAUGCUAUGAAGAAUGAAAACUUGGCUGAUGUUUCUCUUUGCAGGCUGGAUCCCAACCAACAUCAGGUUUUUGCUGCUGCUUAUGAGGAGGAAAAUAUGGAGGAUAUACUUCUCAACAUUCCUACAACCAAGACAGCUAUUCUUUCAAACUAUUUGCAAUACAUAACUUAUAUCCUCUCACAUCUAAACAGAAUACUAGCAUUUAACAACUUCUCAACUGCUGAAAGUCGCUUUCACCUAUACCAGGGAGUUCAAAGGGACAGACAAGAAAUGGCCAAUGUCCUCAUUAAUG